ACAAUAAAAUCACAACCGAAUGGAAGGCAGCUCCUAAAGUUUGCUACUUCUGUGACCAGGAAGGGCAUAUAAAAAAGAAUACCUCCAAUUCAAAGACCCAAGAAGCAGUGAGUCUUUCAAGGACCGAAGAGAAAGAGGAACCGAAAGAAGCUUAG